AUGAUCUCAUCUAAUCUUUCUUCACCAAAUAAUCAUUCUAAUGCUAUUAUAUCACAACCUGAACCUUCUGUAGAUGAAACUGCAAAUUAUGCAAAUACUAAUGAACAAAAUUUGAAAUUACAAGACACACCGUCAUCUCGUUUAGCUCGUAAUGGUUCAAUAAAAUAUGUUAACGAAGGUGAAGACGAGCCUGUUUAUUAUAACGAGCCAUCCGCUUAUUCCUCUGAACAACCUUUGUACUAUGAUCAGCCAGCUUCCAAUCAGCAGCAACGAGGCGAUACAGAUGAGUGGAACCGAACAACCUACCAAACAACUGGAGGGUAUGAACAACAACCGUACCAACAGCAAAGCGAUUUUGGACAAAGAGAUUCAAAACCACCAUCACUCACAAGUUCCCGAGCUGAAUCUCGAGCACCAUCACGACCAAUGUCAAGGGCUUCAUCACAACAAAGAUUCGAUCAGGACCCAGAAUCUUCAACCGAUUGGAAACAACAACGAAGCAUCUCCAGAAAUGAUUCACAAAAAUCACUUUCAGAUAACCAACAACGACAAACAGAUUCAAUCAUCACAACUCGAAUCGAUGAAACACCAAGCGUUGAAAUUCGAAAACCAAGCGUCACUUUCCGAAACGACGAAUAUGAAUCGCAAGAUUUACAAUCGAUGGCUGAACAAAGAAGUUCCGUACAAGACGAUGGACAGUACCAAGAACCAAUUUAUGACCAGCAAAGUUAUCAACAACAACCAACCUAUCAACAAGAUUACACAUACGGGAACAACCAGCAAUAUGACUAUGACCAAAGUGCUGGAUAUGCAACCAAUUACGAUCCAACACAACAAUACAAUCCCAACAGCAACUACGACUACAGCCAGUCACAGCCAACAUAUCAACCAGAUGAAUAUCAAUCGUAUGUUGAGCCAACAACACCAAAACGAAGCACGCCGCCUAAACGCAACACACCCCCACGAGAGUUAUCAACAGAAGAAGUUGUACAACAGCGACAGCAAUCUCGAGAGCAGUUAUAUGGAAGAGAGAAGGCAGAAUCUUCUGAAGAUGCAUCGAGAAGCUCGAGUAUUCAGCAGAGACAGCAGUCACGAGAGAGUGUCAAAGAAACACCACAAAACUCUCCCAGUCCCUCCAGCACCCCCUCGAGUCAAACCAUCUCACCAGCACCGUCAAAAACACCGUCAACAAAAACAUCACCAGCAUCACCAACAAGAAACCGGGGAAAAUCCACUUCCAAGAGCGGAGCUGAACAAAAGGAUAGCAGAAACUCUAUGGGGGAAGCAUCUCGAUCUGGAAGAAAAUCAGACACUUUGCAGAAACAGCCUUCCAAGACAAUCACCACUGUGCGAACCAAAAAAUAA